UUACUUGUUUUCUUGACACAGUCAGUUGUAUCUCUUGAAUCAGUGUCGUCUUGAUUGAGAUAGCGUUCGCAUGUCCGAGUCCUGCCUUGGUCAAUGAGAGAUUGAUGGUAGGUCUACGUCUGUCGUGUAUUGCUGGGGCUCUUGUACAGUUGUCCUCGCUGAUAUUGGACACGACCACCGCAAAGGGAACGGACUUGUUUGAUACGGAUUGAUCAAGGCUGAUUCCCAACUUAGGCCAGGCUGAUCUUAUCCUCCCCAGAAGUGACAGAUACCUGUUUGAGGAGUAGUUUUCGUGUUUGAUUGAACAAGAUAGGAUUUUGCGGCCGCCUGUGCAGGGCAGGAACGCUACCAAGCACCAGUCCCACAUUUUCAUUGCGGGUAACAAUGAGUCGACUGUUUGCCGCUGGCACCUAGCUGCGGAAAGCCCGUGCCGAUGCCGGCCGUGCUCCGCGCCGGUGAUCGGACGAGAACAAGGGCAUUCCUUGACCGCUGAGUUCGAUGCGGGCAAUGCGGCACCGAAGGAUGACGCUUGGCCGGUCCGCAAGCAGAGCAGCCCAUGCGUCCAACGUCACGACGCACAUCCAGGCUAUUCUGAUACUGGUGGCGGGAUGUGCCAUCUGCAUUGCGCAGCAGAGACGCGUGGAAGUCGUCAAGUCGCCCACCUGCAAAUACAGCUACUACAUGGACGCGGUGCCGGGAACGUUUGAACAAGACGAGUGUCACGUCAACGCGGACACCCUGGAGUCGAUGAAUAACACAUGGCGCCAGAGCUUGUUCAGCGAGACUGCCGUCCUGGAGACUUGCGUUGUAUCACUGCCGCCCGAUUCCAGGAACGUGACGAUCUACUGCUGCGAUCUCGCCGUGGACGUCGACGACGAUGACAAGUGCGACUCGUCGCUGGAGCGGCAUGAGAACCGCUGGUACAAGGAGCUGCCGAAUGCCACGCUCAAGUACGACAUCCUGCCCGAGCGCUACCGUGGCAACUUCUCGUUCGACAUGUCGUUCGCCGCCAAGCCGUGUCACUCGCUCUGGUGCAACGUACCGAGCGCCGUGGAUCCGUAUCAGCGAGCGUGCAGUCUAAACAUGGAGUUUGAUCGCAUGGCACCGGACGCCAGUGGUCUGUAUACGUGCGUCGUGAACACUACCACGCGCGCCGGCAGUGACGACGGCUUCCUCGCCCAGCCGUUCCUGGUCCGGCAGGCACCGUCUCCAUGCCAACUCGUUGCCGAGGGCGAAGUGGAGUGCAGGAUGGCUGGCGACGUGGUGUUGGAUGACGCACGCACAGGUGCCACCAUCGGCGAGUUGCUUAGCACUCCACUGGUAUUCGGCGAGGUGACGGCAAGUCGAGGUGCACCGGUCUGUUUACAGUGUAACUCAACCCCUGGAACGUCGCCAUGCCAUUGGGCCUAUUCCGGCGUGGGCACGUCGCAUCGCGGUGUGCCGGCGCACGCCCUGUUCUCGUCGCGUCCCGAUCUCCACGUCGACGCUCUGCCGGGGGUGCACGUGUGCGGCGACUCGCGCCAGUACCUGGUCGUCGACGAACUCACCGAGAGCACGGUGGGGUUCUACACGUGUAUGCCGAGCAAGAACAUGCGCUCAUUGUCCGUCACAAUGCAGGCUGCCCGUGUCACACUGAAAACUUCCAGCAACUGGAAUGAGCUGACGAUUGCGUCGACGGCGGUGUCCGGAACGUUACUCCUAGUUGCUCUUGUUGCCAUAGUAACGUUAAUCAGCUGCUACCGCAGUUCAGCACCGGCGCAAGCGGAUCGCGAGAGAGCACGCUCGCCAACACCCGAGCCGGACGUUCGGCCAGUUCCGAUCGACGAGAACAGAACGGGGUCCGAGUCCGACAACGCGAGCCGAUCGGGAUACGAAUCCGACAACGAACCUCUGCUGCGUCUCGGUGGCUCGCCGACCGUUACUUCACGUCUCAGUGCUAGUGACAGCACGCUGCCAAGCCUCAGCACUAGACCCACGGGUCUGAAGACGACCAGCCCUGUCCUGCCCCAUACCGGUAGCUUGCCCAGCAGCACCGUCAUCAUCACCAGCAGCUCGGCUGACGUCACCGUCACCGACGGUGGUGUUGCAAGUCACACUGCUUCCGCUGUGCUCACUGUCGCAGGCGCACUGUCACCUAGCAGAGAUUCGCCGGACAACUCCAUGCUCGUCACGUUGACCCGUGCCCAUGAGGCGCAUCGAGGCCACCAGCAACAACAUGAUGAUAUGAGUGGUGUUGAUGGGGACCGCACACCACCACCAGCAGCAGCACCACCAGCAGCAGCUGCAGCAGCAGCCACCCCGGCAUCCCCUAUUCCUCCUCUUUCGCCAAGCGUCGCUAUUCCAGUGGAACCUACAACAGGACAGAACGCGAGCAAUGAAGACGUGGUGAAGUUAGCUGAGUAUCUCAACAGUGGAGCGCAUGGUGGUGACAGCAUAUGCCCGCCGUUCAUCUCGUCGUCGCUGCCCGAACGCUUCGCGUCCAGUACCAGCAGUAGCCCAAUCGGUUUUCGCAGCGACCGCAAUGACACCCCGAAUGCCGUCGAGGCAGACGACGCAGGUCACGGCGGUGAGCUGGUCGCUGCAGCAGCGGUUGCAGGCAUCGUGACCGCACAAUCCACCCAGUCCUACCCGGGCACAGAAUCCCAGUCCUACCCAGGCACAGCCGCCGAAUCUCAAGUGCUACUGCAGCAGCAUCAUCGUGGUCGCUCGCCACGCUCGGUUGCCGCCUCCCCGUCCAUACAGCAGCCGAGAGCCAAACCGUCACAGCAGCGCGUGCAGAAACGUAAGGUCAGCAGCGGACGGCGUGCUCCCAGCUGGAGCGGCUCCGACUCCAGCUCCGACCCGAGAGCGCACUCGCCGCAGCAGUUUCCCGCCGCUAGUCGAACACGACAGUCGAGAAGCCGAUACGGCCUCCGCUCGGCGGAGAUUGUCACCGGCAUGCCGGCCCGUCCGGUGUCGGCUCUCGCUGGUGCCAUCACUAACUUUGGCGAGCUGGAGGACAUCUUCUCGGACGGCAGCGCCGAGCAUUCCGGCAUUCACGACCACCCCUCUCUCAUGACCAGCAUUGUCAAUAGCAAUGGCAGUGGGACCAGCAUGGCGCAUCCUAACCAGAGAGGCUUUAACCGCCAGUUGUCCGCUACCAACAAUGAUCCUCCCCCGCAGCAGCAGCAGCAGCAUCAACGGUCUUUCAUGGAUUUCCUGCGUGGUACCAGCAGCCGGCAGGCAGGUUACGAGAUCGCGCGGUCGCGCAACCGCGAGUUCCACGACCGCCCGCAGUCGGCUCCGCCAGGUGACUACGAUGACGAGAACGACCCGGGGCAUGAUGACCCUGGUGGCACGCACCCGCAGCGGGGCUGGGGCCAGCAGCAGCACCAACACAACCAGCAUGACGAAGAGCGCGCCUCGCUGCUGAGCGUUCAGGCUGAGCCUGGAGAGCCACCACUUCAGGGCACCGUGACGGAAACGUCGACGACUGGCCGGGCCAGGACAGGUACUGCUGGCAGUACGGAUCUCUCACGGGAUCAGACCCCAGAUAAUGACUUUACACAAAGAUUUGAAUAGAGACUGAGGACUGUUUGCUUCAUUAUUAUUAAUUUUUAUCCUUGUCCGGGCUUUUCCCUUUUCAAAAACCUCAGCUGAUCUGACUAUUUGCUGGGUUUUCAUAAUAAUUAUUUUCUUGCCCUCAGUUUGGUUUUCUAGUGGAUGGUUUGACUGGGGUGAAUUUCUUUGAACUGAAGGUUUGAUACAUGUGAGCUCUUUAUUGCAUCACAAUGCAGCCAGGAUCAUUCCCAUUAGCUCUUGUUUUUUUUUGUAAUUUAAAAUGGGGUACCUGCCUGUUUGUUUAUCAAAAUAAUUAUAUCAGUAAGAAUUUUUUGAAAUUUGCAAAUUUCACAUAUUGCCAUACUUACUUAAUUUACACGCCCAUCGCUGAAGCGAUGGUAGCAAACAAGCUAUUUUAGACAUAUCAACUUGUGCUAUUUUGUAUGCUUGUGCUAUUGUUAUCAUACCCAUGGGGAUAAUGAUUUAUCACGGCCACCUUACUGGUAUUUUCGUCUACUCAAAUACCACAUUUCUGCAUUUCAA